AUGGCAACAAACAAUGAUGUACAAAUUAAAAUAGAAAAUGAUAAUCAUUCAUCUCAAUAUGAUGAUCGUGUUCUUUUUAUUUAUAUUAAUCAAUGGGAAAAUCAUUCGAUAGCAAAAAUUCAAAUCACAGCUCAAAAAGCUCGAAAUGAUCUUCAAGAAAUUUUUGAUAGAAAACUUCAAGAUUUUGCUAAUUUAUUAAAUCAAAUGAAUAAAGAAAUUGAAACAAAUUUAAAUGAAAAUAUUACUCUUUCAAAAUGGACAGAACAAUUAAAUAAUCUUCGACAAGAUUUAUCAAAUCUUUCGACAUGUGUUUAUUUAGAACAUGAUAAAAAUGAAUCACCUAUACGUUUAAUUAAACUUUUUCAUAAAAAUAAUAAUGAAAUUAAAAAAAUAGAUGAUAAUAAAAACGAAGAAAAUAUAAUAAAUGUACCUGGUACUGAGCCAUUACCACUAGCUAUGUUACAUAAAGUAACAUUGACUGAACAAAAACAAUGGUUAGGUGAACGACUUUUUGUACUUGUUCAACAGAUCGAACCAACUUUAGCUGCAAAAAUUACUGGAAUGUUUAUUGAACUAGAUACAAAACAUAUUUUAACAUUGAUUAAAUCACAGAAAAUACUCAAAGAAAAGGUUAGAAUUAAUUAA